UCACUUUUUCAGUGUGUUUACAGGAGGAUACAUCACUUGUAUUUCUUACAUUCUUGCUCAAUUUUUUAAAGUAAAUAUUCAUUUAAAACAAUGAGCAGGAAGAAGGAACUACUCUCCAGAGUAGGGCUCCGCUUAGACGGUAGAAGAGCCGACGAAUUGCGAAGAAUACGGUGUAAACUAGGCGUUUUUACACAACCUGAUGGAAGUGCUUACAUCGAACAGGGCCUCACAAAAGUACUGGCCGCUGUAUACGGUCCCCAUCAAGUUAGAAGUAAACAAAAAGCUCAGCACGACACUUGUAUUAUCAACACCCAGUUUAGCAUGGCUGUUUUCUCUACUAACGAGAGAAAAAAGCGACCUAGGGGCGAUAGAAAGUCUACGGAGCUCUCCAUGCACUUACAGCAAGCCCUUUUGGCUGUCAUUAAGACUGAAUUGUAUCCCUGGUCUCAGAUAGACGUAUAUGUAGAAGUGCUACACGGUGAUGGAGGUAUUUAUCCAGCCUGCGUAAAUGCAGCCACACUAGCCAUUAUAGAUGCAGGUAUACCGAUAAAAGAAUAUGUAUGUGCUUGUACAGCGAGUUUGGGCAAUAACGACAUACCUAUGUUGGAUGUAUCCCAUCAAGAAGAGGUUAUAGGGGGUCCCACGUUAACAGUAGCAGCCCUACCCAUGUCCGGAAAGAUAGUUUUGAUGGAAAUGUCUCAAAGGUUUCAUUUAGAUCAUUUACCGAAGGUUUUAGACAAGGCUUUGGAAGGUUGCAAGGAUAUAAAGGCGAUUUUGGACGAAGCUGUUAAAAACCACGUGAGAGAAAUGGGUAGUUCCACAGGAUGGGCUAAUACAACAAGUUAAAAAAAAACAAAAAUAUUUUUUUUAUAAACUUAUUUUUUUUUAGUGUGUAUAAAUAUUUUUAUAAAGAUAAUUGAAACUAUAAAAAAUAACAGUAAAAAUACUCUUUUCAAUUCUA